AUGGAGACGGGGCAGGGGACGGAGCCGGAGCCCGGGCCGGAGACGUCGGCGCCCCGUGGCUGCCCGGCUGCGCUUGCCGGGGCCGCGGGCUGGCCGGAGCCGUGCAGCCCCAAGUACGCGCACCUCAAGUCCUGGCCGGGGCUGCUGCGGGUGCUGGGGGGGCUGCAGCUGCUCUUCGGAGGCAUGGUCUUCGCCUGCGUGUGCGCCUACGUCCAGCGGGAUUACCGGUGGUACGGCAGCGAGCUGCUGGCCGGCGGGACCCGCUACGCCGGCCCGCUGACGCCCUUCGUGCUGGUGGUGGCCAGCCUGGCCUGGCUGCUCAGCGCCAUCCUGCUGGGGCUCGGGGCCACCACCCACUACCGGAGCAUCCUCCUGGAGGCGGGCUGGUGGCCCCCGACCGAGGCGGCCCUCAACGCCCUCCUCUUCCUGCUGUACCUGGCGGCGGCAGUGGCCUACGUCGACACCGUCACCCUCGGGGGGCUGUGCUACUCCCCCCUCGCCGGCGGCGGCCCCCUCCUCGGCGCCUUGUGCCACGUGGCCGGGGGCCAGGCGGCCGCCCUCGUCUUCCUCUUCAUCACUGCGCUGCUCUACCUGGCCGGCAGCCUCGUCUGCCUCGUGAUGUGGCGGCACGAGGCGGCCCGGAGGCACCGGGAGACUCUCCCGGCGCCAGUCCCGGCAGCCGCCUGGGCCACGCGCAUCGUGUUUGAGGACGAGCUGGGCCCCCCCGGCAGGGCUGCCGGCACACUCACCCUCCCCGAGCGGGGGGAGAAGCUGGAGGCCUCGGGCUGCUCCGUCCCCCCGGGGUUCGUGCCCCAGCUGCACACCGUCCCGGACUACAUGGUAAAGUACCCGGCGAUCCGGAGCCCCCGGGAGAGGGAGCGGUACGCGGCUGUCUUCUGCGACCAGUACGCCGAGUACAAGGAGCUGCUCGGCGAGGUCCGCGCGGCGCUGCGGAAGCGCCGGGAGCUGGACGCGAUGAUGUGCCGGCUGCCCUGGCACGCGCCGAGCAGGGAGGAACAGCGCAGGGUGGCCCGCAUCUGGCGCUGGUACAUGAGGAAGAAGAAGGACUCGGCCUUGCUGGAGAAGCGGGAGCGCUGCGACUACCUGAAGAAGAAGCUGGUGCACAUCAAGUCCCAGAUUCGGGAAUACGACCGCGCCGCCUCCGAGGGCUGCAUCUACUUCUGA